AUAGAAUUACGUGAAACAGGCAAUACACAUAUUAAAUUUUAUUAGCAUUUUGGGUUUAAUUUGUGAUAGAAAUUUCUAGUAAACUCUUGCAGUUUAAUAUUAACGUCACACUGCCCAACAAUAAAAAAGAAAAAAAAUGUGAAUGGACGAAGAAUAGGCAACUUUUACCCGAAACAGAUACAAAUGGUGUAAUAAAGAAGUGGCAUCUCUCAGAAGGCAUUUUCGUAGAAGCCAAACACCAGAAAACAAGUCAUUUAUCAAAGCAUUAUCCCUCGUGGGGACUACCUUAUUCCAGAACAGAAAUAAAAUAGAAAAAUACAAACAAACCAACACCCAAUUAAACAAACUGCUGCAUAUAUCUGAAAAUAGAAUCUGACCGUUGAUUGAAUCCAGCUCUUAAUCCACGUCAGUCUGAAUCUCUUCUGUUCUCGACUCCUCGUAGACUGUGACUCCCCUGCAAGUUUUCAUCUGUAGUAAUCCUCACUACUUACCAUGCACUCUCAAGUUUAUCUUAGCCGUUGGAUCUGUCCGCCAGUCAAAACUUAAAAAAAGAAAGAAAAAAAAGGUACAAAAUCCAUACUUUCCGACCUCACGCAGGCACUGUCUCUUGCAUACCAAAAAAAAAAAAAGAAAAAAAGAGGUUCCCUCUUUAGUCUUUAGUCAUUGCAACUAAACAAAACCAACCCGCCCUUAUUAGUUCUUAAGUAUCUCUAGUUCAAAACACACUUUGUUUCCGUUUCACUUAAACCUCAAAAGGAGUUACCUUUUCUAGUUCUCUCUCUCUCUGUCUCUCUCUACUUCUCUCUUUCAAAAUCCUUCUUGUUUCUUUUUAGAUUUUUUUUUUCUUUUUGCUGUUUUCUAGUGUAGUCUACUAGAAUUCCUUUCUGUGUGUCUAUGGUUUUUGGAGAUUGAAAGAUUUGCAACUGCAAGUGAAGAUUCUAUCUAUGGCUGCGUUGUUCUUGCUUUUCUUAGUGAUGGCAUCUGCAACUUCUGCCGAUGAAGAUUCUUUCAUUGGUGUUAAUGUUGGUACUGCCCUCUCGGAUAUGCCAAGCCCAACUCAAGUGGUGGCCCUUCUUAAGGCUCAGAAUAUACGGCAUGUCAGGCUCUAUGAUGCAGACCGAGCCAUGCUUCUUGCACUUGCCAAUACAGGCAUCCGGGUAACAGUUUCUGUUCCCAAUGAGCAGCUCCUUGGGAUUGGUCAAUCAAAUGCCACAGCAGCAAACUGGGUUGCUCGCAAUGUAAUAGCCCAUGUUCCUGCCACCAACAUCACAGCUAUAGCAGUUGGAUCUGAAGUUCUGACUACCCUCCCAAAUGCUGCCCCAGUCCUAGUCUCUGCCUUAAAGUUUAUCCAUUCUGCCCUUGUUGCAUCUAAUCUUGAUGGCCAAAUUAAAGUUUCUACUCCACACUCUUCUUCCAUUAUCCUUGAUUCUUUUCCCCCUUCCCAAGCUUUCUUUAAUCGCACAUGGGACCCAGUAAUGGUUCCCUUGCUCAAGUUUUUGCAGUCAACGGGGUCAUAUUUUAUGAUAAAUGUAUAUCCAUAUUAUGAUUACAUGCAAUCAAAUGGUGUUAUCCCUUUAGACUAUGCACUUUUUCGGCCCCUCCCUCCUAACAAGGAAGCUGUGGAUGCUAAUACACUUCUUCAUUACACUAAUGUCUUUGAUGCUUUAGUCGAUGCAGCAUAUUUUGCCAUGUCCUAUCUAAACUUCACCAAUGUCCCCAUUGUUGUGACGGAAUCUGGCUGGCCAUCGAAGGGUGAUUCUGCUGAGCCAGAUGCAACAAUUGAAAAUGCAAACACUUACAACAGCAACUUAAUUAGGCAUGUUCUUAAUAACACUGGCACUCCCAAGCAUCCAGGGAUUGCAGUUAGUACUUAUAUUUAUGAGCUUUACAAUGAGGAUUUGAGACCUGGACCAGCUUCUGAGAAGAACUGGGGACUUUUUUAUGCCAAUGGAGUGCCAGUUUAUAUCUUGCACUUGACAGGUGCUGGUACUGUGUUGGCAAAUGACACUACAAACCAGACAUUUUGUGUUGCGAAGGAAGGUGCUGACCCAAAGAUGUUACAGGCUGCACUGGAUUGGGCUUGUGGACCUGGAAAAGUAGAUUGCUCAGCUAUGUUGCAGGGUCAACCAUGUUAUGAGCCAGACAAUGUGGUAGCACAUUCAACAUAUGCUUUCAAUGCUUAUUUUCAGCGGAUGGCCAAGUCUCCAGGGACCUGCGAUUUCAAAGGAGUGGCUACCAUAACGACCACUGACCCAAGUCAUGGUUCUUGUAUAUUUCCUGGAAGUGCUGGAAGAAAUGGCACCCUGACAAAUACAACAUCGCUGGCCCCAUCUUCCAAUUCAACAAGUUCUGACAGCCAUCAGCAACAUCUCUAUAGCGCUAAUUCUUUCAUAACCUAUGUGAUUACAUGUGCUUUGUUAAUGAGUGCAGUUUUCUUAUAAAACUGCUCUUGUACUAUGUGCAAAUCUUGGUUGCCUAUCACUCAGCAAAUUUAGUCCCGAUUCUCUUGGACAACUUGCAGCAUUCCCCAAUUUUGGUCCUCCUGGAUAUGAGUUAAAGGGUGGCAAGGUUGAUUGAGCAUAGCCAUUACUGUGCAUGUUCUGACAUGAGUCUUCUGGCUUUAUUUUUUACAAUCCAGCCAAAAGGAUUGGUUGGGAUUAUUGUUGUAACUUGUAGCUAUCUCAUUAGGGUAAUAUGGUUGUAUUCUUUGAACUGAAUGUAUUACAUGCUCAUUCUUAUUCAGUAUGAUGCUUUUUGUUAGUUGCGCAAA